AGCGACGACGACGACGAGCCAUCUUCCAUCAAAACACAGAUUCUCACGGAAGGGAGAAAUUUUCCAUCAGCUGUACCUCGCGAAAAGGAAGGAAAAAAUGUCUCCAGCAAGCUGCGAACCGCGACAAAUGCUUCGAGCAUUCCACUAAAUCGCCCCCGCGAGGUGGCGAUCCCGUGUUUGUUAUUGCGUGUGAAAUACCUCCCUCCCCGCGCGCGGGUUAGUUGUUACGGAGAAAUGGGAGCCAACAUUUCUCAGCUUGAGCGUGAUAUCGGUGCCGAUCAGUUCCCUCCCAAUGAGCACUACUUUGGAUUAGUUAAUUUUGGAAACACCUGCUACAGCAACUCGGUCCUGCAGGCGUUGUACUUUUGCCGACCGUUCCGGGAGAAGGUCCUGGAGUACAAGGCCAAGAACAAACGCACCAAGGAGACGCUGCUGUCCUGCCUGGCCGAUCUGUUCUACAGCAUUGCGACGCAGAAGAAAAAGGUCGGUUCGAUCGCGCCAAAGAAGUUUAUCGCCCGGUUGCGGAAGGAGAAGGAGGAGUUCGACAAUUACAUGCAGCAGGAUGCGCACGAGUUUCUCAACUUUCUCAUCAACCACAUCAACGAGAUCAUCCUGGCCGAGCGGAACCAGGCCAAGGGUGGCGCAACCGCCGGCGGUACGACCACGAGCAAAAAUGGCCACGCAGGAACAGCCACCCCGUCCCUGAACCACCUGCUGAACGGCUGCGGUACCGGAGACAACGGCACCCAGCAACCCCAGGAACCGACCUGGGUGCACGAAAUAUUCCAGGGCAUCCUGACGAGUGAAACGCGCUGCCUAAACUGCGAAACCGUCAGCAGCAAGGACGAAAACUUCUUCGACCUGCAGGUGGACGUCGACCAGAACACCAGCAUAACGCACUGUCUGCGGUGCUUCAGCAACACCGAGACGCUGUGCAGUGAUAACAAGUUCAAGUGCGACAACUGCUGCAGCUACCAGGAGGCGCAGAAGCGGAUGCGCGUCAAAAAGCUACCGAUGAUCCUGGCGCUGCACCUGAAGCGGUUCAAGUACAUGGAGCAGUACAACCGGCACAUCAAGGUGUCCCACCGGGUCGUGUUUCCGCUCGAGCUGAGGCUGUUUAAUACGUCGGACGACGCCGUCAACCCGGACCGCCUGUACGACCUGAUGGCCGUGGUGAUCCACUGCGGGUCCGGCCCGAACCGGGGCCACUACAUUAGCAUUGUGAAGAGUCACGGAUUUUGGCUGUUGUUUGACGACGAUAUGGUUGAUAAAAUCGAAGCAUCCACUAUCGAGGACUUUUACGGGCUCACGUCGGACAUCCAGAAGUCGUCCGAAACGGGCUACAUCCUCUUCUACCAGUCACGGGACGCGACCUGAAGCAGCAGCAAGUUUACGCCUGUUUUGAUUUAGGAAUCCCAAACCCUGAAAGUUGGUUACGAUCGUUAAGUUAAUUUAUUUCCUAAUCCAAAUCCUAAUAUAUAUUUCGAGACUUGUUCCGAGUGUAGGGUUGCGCGCGCUGUUGGCGGUUGAUCGACGUUGAAUUCGAGCUGUUGUUGAGUAAUUUAAGCAUGUGAAUUAAGCUCGACAAUUUGACGAUUUUAAUAAAGAUGAUUUUCAACGGCAAGCAAUGCAACCAACCAGUCUAGUGGCAGCGUAAUCAAAAUCUUUUCUCUUCUGAAAACAAUAUCAGUAGUGCUGGCACGGGACACUUUGGUAGAUUCGCACUUGAGGAGUGACAAAAUUGAAACAAUAGCGGCGCACCAACACGAAUCUGUCCAGCGGCCAACGGAGCCAACCAAAUUCUGUAAAGUUUAUGAAAAAAAUCUAGCCUGUUUGUGAACAACAGCUACAAAACAACGGGAGUUGUGAAAUAAUAAAUCUUAGGUAACGGUCUGCCCGAAAGGGUGGA